AAACGAUGGCUGUACGCAUGCGUAAGUUUCAAUAUUUUCUAAGUUCACUUUGACGAAAAAUGGCGCUUUACGUGAAGUUGUUAUAGAAUCUGUCCAACUUAGUGUGGCUUUCUUCCAAACACCUCUUCUGUUCUCCAACGCCCUUCACUAAAAUGAAGCGGUGUGCCAUGAAAACGUAUGGUAGAUCAUCUGAAUCUGCUUCAAGUCGUGCCUUUGAUGAUAUAAUACAUAACAAAAAUAAUAAAAGCUUAACAGUAAAAGCAUCACCUCUUAUUCAAAAAUGGGGAAAAACUUCCUUCACAGCAGUACGUGGAAGAAGAGAAAGGGAUCCAGAAGCAAAAAUUGCCAGAGAUAGAGAAAUGGAAGUAUCUAAAAGAACUCGUUUUGAUGACGAUAUUUCUGAUGACCCUUUUAGCUUUGAAUCUGAAGACUUAAAAGGAACAAGCCGUAGUUCCAUAACUAUGGUACCUCUGCAUUCAAAUGCAUCACAGAAAAAUAUUAUUGUCACAGCUCCUGCUGUUGGCAUUGUAACCAAGAAGAAUUUCAAUGACUACAAUAUUGAUCCUGCGGCAGUAAAACCAUUGCCUAACACAGAUCCUGAUAAAGUAUUGUACAGGUCAGCUAAGACCUACUCUGUAAGUCCGACUAAACGAACUGAUAAUAUGCGUCAAUCUACGAUAGACCAAUUUACUAAUUUGCACAGUGGUCCACAAGAACGACUCUCUUUGGAUUCUUCUCCUCAGAAAAUGACCAUCAAGGUCAGUGAUUAUUCAUACUCACAGAAAUUCUUCCUUUCUCAAAAUAACUCUGGUGUUUCUACCCAACAUUCCAACAGUCCAGAACCUUCAUCUUGCAUCACAUUGAGUGCUCAAUCUUCUCCUGAGAAACUGAUAUCUGUUUUAAGCAAUUUGCCUCCAUCUGAAGAGAAUACUGAUGAUGACAGUUAUAAAUUUAAACGGAAACCUAUAUUCCGCACAUAUACAAAUCAUAAACUGCCUGUGUCUGUUGUUCCAACCAGCUCUCCUUCUAAACAUAUGGUAAAAUCAACAACCAAGACUAAAGCACCCAUCAGUGCCCAUGCAUCUAACACUGUUUUAUGUGACACUCAAGACAGUUUCACAAACAGUACGGUCAUCUCUCGGAGUGAAGUGAAAAAUAAACGUGGCACAACCAUAAUAUUUCUUUGUAAGCCAAAAGGAAUGGACAAUAUCAAAAGUUUAAAGAAAACUCCGAGGGAAACUGCCAGUGAGUUAUUUGAUAAGAUUAUUAAAAAGAAAUCAGUGAAUGUAAGUGAAGAGAAGCAACCAAAUAUCAUUUCUCCAAGCAGCCCUGUUUUUUCAGAAAGUAGUGAUGAAGGGCCACCUCCACUUUCUCCUGAAGAGGUACGAAAAGGCUUAGAUGAAAUUGAGAAAGGUGGAUCAUCCCAGUUGAAUUUUGCUGAGGUUGAUGUUGAGAUGUUCAAUGAUCAUUCCGAUGAAGAAUCUAUAAAAUUGUUUUCACUGGACGACAAAGAUGAUUCUACGGGAUCUGAUGGGCCCAGCAAGAAAGAAGUUAAUUCUACCAAUGUGUUAAAGCACCAUGAAUAUGAUGAUCUGUUUAAGUUAGAUGAAGAUGAUGACUUUGAUUUUAUGAAUGACUCAUGUAAUUCUGUGUCGAACAAUGAUGAUCAUGACUCUCCGAAUGCAGAUAUUUUUGAUCUUGAUGAUACUUAUGACAAAUCAUUAACUAUGAAAACAGCUAAAACUUACACCCGUCAGACAAUAAAAGAAAAACCAACUGAAAGGAAAAUAUUUAAGUCUAAAAAUACUAGAUAUUCUAUCUCUGGAUCUGGUCAAACUAAAUUAUUGAGUAAAAGCCCAAAGAAGUCUCCAUCAAAAGCUGUAUAUAAUGCACGGUCUUGGGUGAUGGAUAUGGAUGAAGAUAUUGGUCAAAAAGGUGAUGAAGGACCAAGUUCUGCACGGUCUGGUAAACCAACUUCUGCUCCAUCAAACAACAGCAGUUCCCAGAGCAGCACUGCCAAAACAUCUACAGAUAAAACUGUUUCCAAAUCUGGCACAGAGGUCCCUGCUAAUGUGGUCAUACCUAAACUUACUCGGAAAGUGCACUGGCCAUGCCGUGUUGGUGAUGAAGCAUUUACCUCCUUGAAAGUCAGUAAAGAACAUAAAGAGCUAUUCACGGUUGUACGGAAUGUAAAAGAGGCUCAUGAAGUUCAAGAAUCUGGUGAGACGCAAGAAUUUAUGGAUGAUGUAGAAUAUUUGUUGGCUGGUCUUGGUGAUACACAGCCUAUGUCCACCCGGUGUCUAAGCGCAUUUGGAAUUGCUUCCAAAUGUACCAUGCCUGCAUUUCGGAUGCAUUUACGAGCCCAUGGAUGUAUCACUAAAAUAUUCACUGCUUUGCACGAUGCCUCUUCCAAUCCUAGUUUAGCAUUGAGCACAGCAACCCUAAUGUUUAUGUUAAUGCGUGACCGACUCAGCUACGAUGUUGGCCAGGACACACUUAGUCUUAUUGUGCAGUUACUGGAAAUGGAGAGUGACAGUGAUUUAGAAAACACUGAAUAUGUCCGGAUGAAAGAUAAAGUGAUGGAAUUGUACAAAGAAUGUCAUAAAAUAGGAAUGGCCAAACAAAUUGAUCUCGAGUCUAUAUCAACGGGUAAUUUGGCAAUGGAAUCAUUGUUGACUAUAGCUGCAUCUCGUAAUGCUUCAGAUGUCUUCAAGAAUGAGCUACGAUCCCUUGGAGCUCUCGACCAUAUUGUUAAUGCUGUGUGUUCUUGUGUAGAGUCGCUAGAAACCCACUACAUAAAAACCAUGGACCAUGCACACAGAAGGAAGUUAGAAAAAGUUGACAGAUGCCUUAGGGUUCUGGAAAGUGUAACUGUUACUAAUAUUGAAAAUCAAAGUUUUCUGAUCUCAUACAAACAAUGUGCACUUGUGAAUUCACUCAACACAACUUUGCGGCAUUGUCAGAGUACGAUUUCUAACUUUCCUUUGCGGGAUGAUCCUGAUCGACCGAGUGAAAGUUCAUUGGAUAAGGAGUCCAAUGGCUGGAUUAUCUUCAGUUGCAUGCUGGCCAUUUUACGUGUUCUGCUCAACUUAACACACGAAAAUGAUUAUGGCUGCACUAAAAUUGGUUCCCAGAAAGGUCUUAUUCAAACAGUUUUUGACUGUAUCCUUCAAGUACCUCAGUACACCUUGAUGUGCAAACAGUUUGACUUAUUAGUUUUGAGUCUUGGUUUGUUGAUCAAUCUUGUGGAACAUUGUGUGGUCAACCGGCGUCUUCUAAUUACCAUGGAAACACUUCGACCUCCAGAGAGUUCGAUUCCAUCAGAGAAACUUGGUGCUGUUGAAGCUUUGGUUGAUGUAAGUUACUCUUUGCUACAAAUUCUUGAUUGUUUUAGCAUUCAGAUUAUUCUGCAUUAUGUAUUAUUAGAAAGCAGUGUGAAAGAAUAUAAAGAAAAAUAUGCUCAAAGCUUUGUUGAGAAAGAAGCAGAAAGAAAACAAAAAGUAGGAGCAAAAAGAUAUACUGUUGAAGAAAAUUCAAUGUUUCCCAUUGUGAUUUUCUUUUCUUUUUCAGCCUUACACGAAGCCGGAAAACAUAUGGAAAACAGCUUUGUUGCAGCCUAUGUUGCCUUGUUAAUUGGUUGCCUUAUCCAAGACAACCGGAGCAAUGUUGAGAAAGUGAAGGAAUAUCUUCCAAAUGGUUUUGAGCCAAUGAUAAGAAUUUUGAAGAAGUUUUUAGGUUUCAUGAAUCUUACGAGUGCUUCUGGUGGAUCAGGAAGUCGUUCAAUUGCCCGAGUCAUCGAGACUCUGGAAGCUUGUUAAAUAAAUCUGCAGUGACUUCUGCUUUUGUAUUUUACUGAAAUCCCACCCUUGUUCCUCUGCUCUUCUCUCUCUGUCUGUCUCUCUCUGUCUCUCUCUCUCUCUCAAUUAUGCUAUUCUUUUUAGCCAUGCCAAGAGUCCAUUGAUUUCUCAUCAUCAUUCAUUGUACCACAUCAAGUCUCCAACAUGUUGCCUCAUUCAGUAAGUGCUUCGCAGAGAUUGCUUAGAAAAUCUUAUCGCACUAUCAAGAAUAUAGUCCCCACUCCAACCCCCCACAUUUCUUCUCUCUCUCUCUCUCUCUACCUGUCUAUCUAUCUAAAUUUUGCUUUAGUUUUGAACUUUCCUCUUCUCCCUAUCUUAAUGCCUCCCCCUUCUCCCUCCUCUAAGUGAUGUAUCAGUACUAAUUUUACUCUACAAUACAUAGAAAUUGAUUUAGAUGAUUGGAUUGAAGACAAUGUUAAUAGUGCAGCUAUUAUGGUGGCCCAUAGCUGGGCAAUCAGUAUGGAAUAAUCUAUGAUGAAGACCACUGCAUCAAUCAAUCAAUUCAAUUGUCUAUUUUGUUUUCAAAACAAAAGAAAUGUUUAUUUUCUCAUAUGGACAGAAAAAGAAAACUGUAUACACAAAAAGUGGAAAGAUGAUUUAUAAUUUUGACUUUGGAUAUAAUGUGGGCUAACAACGUAGUAGAAUAGGACAACAUGUUCAAUUUAUAUAUAUUUAACAGGGUAAUAGCAUGUUAUGGUAUUGUAUAACAGGGUAACAAAAUGUCAUAUCAUUAGGUAGAAUAAUUGUAUGUCACUGUAAUAUAGCAAGCAACAUUUUGUCUGAUAUACCUAUGCCUAUGUAUUUCAUUACAUUUUAUAUAUAUAUAUAUAUAGAUACUAUUGAUUGCAAUGUCAACUUGAAAUAGAUCUUUAAAACUCAAUGCAGAGCUAACAAAUAGAAUAAAUAGUUUUGUACCUCUUCUCAUCUCACCUCAUCCCUACCUCUCCCCUGUGUUCAAGUUACAUGCUCAUGCAUACACACACACACACACACACACACACACACACACACACUCACUCACACAUGUUAUAUUUACAAUAAUUAACAACCAAUCUGCUGGCCUUAUAUAGAGAGACACAGUUAUAUUUUAGCUGAUAUAAUGUGUUGACAUAUUCGAAUGUUUGGUUGUUGUUACUGGUCACUGUAAAGACUGAAGUGUGUGUGCGUGUGCAUGUGUAGUGUCAGUAGAAUUAGUACUGGGGUUUCAACAGAAUAUCAACAGUUGCUUUCAGCAUCUAUUGUGAUGCUGCUGGCACCAUUUGUUGGUGAAUUGUUUAUUACAGAUUUGGAACACAGAAUUGAUCUGGUAGAAUUGGGGAGUUGAACUGAAAGCAUGGUGAAUGGGAAUGGUAGAACGGACAGUUGGACUAGUAGUGGCAUGAGAUGAAUUGCUGGAGUGUAGAGAUGGACUGGUAGAAUGGAUAGUUGAACUUGUAGAGUUGGGAAGUAAACUGAGAAAGUUGGGGUGGGGUUGGAUUGCUACAGUGGAGAGUUGGGCCGGUACAGUUGCAAGUGGAUUUGGUAGAGUUUAGAGAGGGACUGAUAGAAUGAGAGUUGGACUGGUAGAGUGGAGAGUUGGACUGGUAGAGUGGAGAGUUGGACUGUAGAGUUGAGAAUUGGACUGGUAGAAUUGGGAGUUUGACUGGCAGUCUGGUGAAAUUAUUUAACAUCUACAGGUGUGGGCAACUGAGGCAGGCUUCAUAAGCUAGCUACUGUCUUAUUCAAUUAUCCUCUCUACUAAUUUUUUCCCUUCUCUGUUCCUCCCCAAGUCCCUCCCUUCCACCCACCACACACAAACGCAAACACACUCACAAACUGUCAUAAUUAUUUGAGUUUUCUCUACUGAUGAACCGACUAAACAGAUAGGUAUCAACUAUAAACCUGACCCUGCGUAACUAAUAAACCUUCAAACCAAACCAUCUUUGAUCAUCUUUUAACUGUUUCCAGCCCCCUUUUUCCUCCUUCAGUUAUGCUGUCCACUUGUUUCUAUUUUGUCUUAUUGUUGUUGUUUUUCUUCUCCCCCUCCUCCAACUAUUUUACUUGUACUUUACUUUUCCUCCCUCCUCCUCCGUUGCGUGCCUUUCUCUCUGAUAUACACUCUUCCUACUUCUCUAGACACACACACAUACACACUAUCGAUGAGGUAUCACUUUAAAUUUCCUCCCACAAUACCCUAGAAUCCAAUCAUGAAGUCAAGUUGGUCACCAAAUUAUUAUCAUUUUCAUAAUCAUUAUCACUAUUAUUAUUAUUAUUAUUGUAUAAACACUAUCAUCAAUAUUAUAAUAAUUACUAAUAUAAUUCUUCUUGUUAAUAUUAUUAUUACUAUCAUCAUUACCCAUAGUUGUUCUCCUAAUAAAAACCAAGAAACAAAAAUAAAAUACCAACAAAAAAACGUUUUUAAACUAUGAAAAAUAUUUUUUUUAUUUUAUUAUUUUGUAAAUUAUUCGAGUAUGUUUCAUCCUUGUGCUGUCUUUCUUGGCAUGGCGCCACUGUGCAUAUGUAACUAUAACUUAGUGUGCAUCAUACAGUUUUUACCUACUGCAUGUAUGGCCGCAUCUGUUUUAUAUGUGUGUAUAUCAGCAUCUGCGUGUAUGUGUGUAUUCGAAUCAGUGUAUAGUGUAAUAUGUGUGUGUGUGUAUAUAUGUAUAUAUAUAUAUAUAUAUAUAUAUACAUAUAUGUAUAUCGUGUAUAUAUGUAUAUAUAUAUGUGU